CACCGUCACUGGAAGGGAUUCAAAGCAACACACAAACGACUCAGCUCCACGUAGUGAGGUAACCACAGCCCUCGGCCGUCCCAUCCGUCGCGACGAAAGAGCCUCGCCGUUUUGCCCCCGAGGUCCUGCAAGCAGSAGCAGCAGCACCCGCGUUAUUUCGCUCCGUCUCCCGCCGAUAACGCAGAGACCAGUAUCGCGUUGCAAAAAUGUCCGACCYUUCUAGCAAGACGUCCUCCGUGGCGCUCGUCGAUCGCAAGCUCACCCCCGAGGAGUCCCGCGAGCUGAAGAUCCUUUUGCUUCCCUGCUUCCACGCCCCCGGCAGCGACAGCUCCGAUGUAGCCCCCGAGGACAUUAACGACUUUCUGGACUACGUCGUGGCCAUGGUCAACAAUAACAAGGACGUUGGCUACAUGAUAAAGGAACUUGUCGGGAUGGAGAUGGAAUUCUGCAACCAGGCCGUGGCCGAGAAAGUCGGUGAGGAGCUUUCGGGAUUCUUGGCAAAGAUCUCCGGGGCGGGGAACACCACCGGAGAUGAGCCGUCGGGGACCAUUGCGUCUCUGAAGGUAGGUUCCGUGUUUUUUUUUGUAUUAUUCGUUGUGUCUUAAAGAGCAUAUCCGGCAGCGGGUUUGGAUUCUCCCGUGCUUACCAAUCUGUGUACUAACGCCGCGUUUCGUUUUGUUUGGCAUUGUUCAUGGAAAACGACAGCCGAGCUCGUCGGAAAAGGGAAACGCUCUGACCAUGUCCGGUGCUCUCGGGGCCUCUCGAGAGGGCGGCCGCAACAAGAACUUGGACAACCAAAAAGCCAAACAAGGCGAUAACAACAAAAACAACAACAACAAAGCCUCCAAGCGAGACGACCGUAGGAAUGACCGUGACGGCCGCAAUUCCAACCGCAGGGGCCGCGGCGACCGAGGCCGCGGGGGACAGCCGCGAGCCACACACAGAGAAGCCUUUGACCGGUUGGCCGGUGGAACCAAGCGAGAYGGCCACCGCAGGGGCCGUGGCGGGGACGACGGCGACCGCCGCCACCGUAGGGAGGACGACCGGCGCGGAGGAAGGGGGAGCCGAGACGACCGACGCGAAGGCAGGGGGGGCCGGGACGGCCGCAUGUCCGGGAGCCGGAGGCCCCGUGAUGCCUACGAGGAGCGAGGCCGGGGCCACCACGACGAGGGACGCGGAAGGGGCGGCCGAGGCCGGGGUGGAGACGGAGCCCCGAAGCGUCAGCGAUACGACGACUACUACGACGAGGGCUACGGUGGCGCUGGCUACUACGACGAGGGCUACGGGUACGACGGCUACUACGACCACUCGUACGGAGGCCGUGGCCGAUUUGGACGGGGCCGCGGCAGGUUCGGAGGCCGUGGCGGGCGGGGCGGCCGAGGACGGGGCCGUGGCCGUGGCGAGGAACCGUCUACCGGAGAGGCGGCCGCUCCAGCGACCGAGACCACGGCUUCCGCUGGUGCGCCGGCCGCGGACGCCGCUUACCACCCGUCUCCGCUCGUCCAGGCCUCUUACAGCGGCCGCGGCGGCAGAUUUGGUGGGAGGGGGCGCUUCGGACGCGGCCGCGGAGGCCGAGGCGGAAGAACUCACGUGGUCAACAUGAUCCAGUCCAAGACGUGGGUCCGGAAAAAACCGGAGGACGCGGCUCCCGCACCGGCCCCGUCCUCGUAGGGAGAUGCUCCUCUACCAGCGGAACAAGAAAAAACGGCUGCCACACCACACCGGCGACGGCGUGCCACGCAACCCUCGAGGCAAAUCGUGGAUGCCAAGUGGUGUUGGCGAUGCAUUGCGCAGUACCAUUCGUAGAAGACGAAAUGGAAGACACCUAAGAGAAAGGAAAACAAAGAAUAAAUACAUUUGAUGCAUUUGGAAAAAAAUACUGAAAAAAGGAAAAAAAAAUAAAGAAAACAUAUUUGAUGCAUUUGAAAAAAAAAUACUGAAAAAAGAAAACCGAACCAAAACAUACUUUUGUGGGAAUCCAUCCGAUCUAGAAAGAAAGGUUCGCCCCAAUGGACCUGUACCCAUGUAGCAAAACUGCUACCUUGCCUCCACAUGUACGUGAYUAGUACAAACUCCUCCAUGUCCUACCAACGACCUAUACUGUACACGGCGACGCCUUCAGAUCGCAUCGAGUUGUAUGGGAUGAAACGAAAGGAUACGGAAUCCGGGUGGCUAGGUCGAAUCACUAACAUUUCGUGAUUUAUUGCUUUCUUGUUUCCACUUUGUAAUUAGCUUCCCUUGCCAACAGGCGGGUGCACCUGCCCGGAGCAUGGCGUGUAGCUAGAGCAUGAAUGGACGAAUGGACUCUGUUUCUGUUCUGCCUUGAAACUUCGACCAACCGGGAAAUCUGAAAUUGCUGCAUCUAUAAUUACUACUCGUCAAUCAACCAAACAAACAACU